UGGUGAUGUGGGCAGUAUUCAGGUACACUCCGGUGCACGAUGUACUGGAAGUGACGAAGACGGACUAUGAUUUGUGUCACACAGUAGACCCACUGGAGAUGCACAACGAUGGGGAGACGGUGAUUCCAUUGAGGGAAGCAGGAAACAGGUACUUCAUAUGUGGGAGGCUGGGCCAUUGUGCCAUGGGACUCAAGCUCCAUGUGCUUGUCCUCCCUGCACUGCAGAUGAGUACCAAUGUUAAUGCAACCUCACCCAGCAGCCCCUUGUUCACUAGUCCUCCGCCAAAUGCUACUAGUCCUAUUUCCAACAACAACAGCAGCAGACACGGUCCAGAUGAUCAAGUAGUGGGAAAUGAUCAUGUGCAGCCUUCCCCAUCGCCAUCGCUAUCUGCUUCCAAUUACUCAAUUAAUUCUACAGAUGAUGUACCUCCUGAUCAUGCUACAGGCAAUACUACUACUGAUGAUGCACACUUAACUUCUGACAGCCCUCGGAUUCUGCCAUUUGUUACAGUGAUCAGGCAGAUCCUCGUGUUGGCCAUUUUUUUAUUUCCGAGUUGGAUUGCCGCCUGGCCCGCCUCCAUAGCUCCGUUUGUUCCCUUCACUCAUGUUGCUCUGAUUCUUCUCGUCGCUACUAUCACUGUUGUUGCUGUUGAGUUACUUCUCACUACUAGGCCAACUUCGGACAACAACAGCAGACAUGGUCCCGAUAAUCAAGUAGUGAAAAAUGAUCGUGUGCUGCCUUCUCCUCCGUCAGCUGCUUCCAAUUACUCUAUUCAUUCUACAGAUGAUGCACCUCCUGAUCAUGCUACAGGCAAUACAACUACUUCUGAUGCCCAAUUAACUGCGAAGAUCCCUUGGAUUCGGCCAUUGGUAAGAAUAGUUGUAGUACUCAUGAUCGCACAUAUCCUCAUGUAUCCUCUUCUUCAUUUACUAGUUGGAUCACCGCCUCCAUAGCUGUGUUUGUUCUCUUCGCUCAUGCUGCUCUGUUUCUUAUCGUCACUAGCAUCACUGUCGUUACUGCUGAGUUUCUUCACAUCACUUACGCCUACUGUGAUUAGCUUCGUGGUUAGAACCAUUGUUGCUAAUGAUGCGCUUCUGCUCUUCACUUGUGCUGCUGCAUUUCUUGUCGUGUUAGAACCAUUGCGGCAGCUACUGCAUCUCUUCGCUUCACUACUUUAGGA